GGUGUGUAAAGCGUUCAGUACGGUUUGAAGUUGUUUUAAACAGAUGUAUUCCACAUGGUUCUAUUACUAAGAUCAUUUCGCGUUGGUUGUUAAUGUGAAAUGAAUGCUUUGUGUGCUGACAGCCGGUCUCUCGUAAAUGUGCGAGUGUUGUUUCGGUGUGAAGCGCGUGAUUAGCUUUGCUCUCUAUUUCUUUCUAUAAACUAUUCCAGUCAUCUUAAACGUGACACAGAACUCUUCGAGAAAAGUAGAAGAGAAAUCUUCAUGCCAUGGAGUUUAUUAAAGACGAGCCUGAAGACUCGACCGAUCCAGAGCCCUGCAGAGUGAAAGAUGAAGAAACUGAGGAACACAUAGGCCUGAUAGAAGUGAAAGAGGAGAGGCAAGAACUGAAUGAAGUUGAGGACAACCACUAUUUCCAGACACCUGAAAAUUUGAUAGCUGAAGAAAAACCUUUAAUUGAUUAUCAGUCUGAAAAUCUUUCACAAACAAGACGCCUUAAAGAUCACAUUAAAAGUCAUACCAGAAAGAGACCUUUCACAUGCCAUCAGUGUGGAAAGAGUUUCAAACAUAAAGGACGCCUUACUGUUCACGCAAGAAUUCACACCGGAGAGAAGCCUUUUACGUGCGGAAAGAGUUUCCUUCAUAAAGGACACCUUAAUGAUCACUUAAGGAUUCACACCGGAGAGAAGCCUUACGCGUGCCAACAGUGUGGAAAGAGCUUCACACAUAAAGGAAGCCUGAAGUGGCAUUUGAGAACUCACACUGAAGGACUUUACACUUGCAAUGAGUGCGGGAAGAGUUUCGUGUAUAAAAGGAAACUUCAGAUUCACAGAAGAAUUCACACCGAAGAGAACCCUUUAACUUGCCUCCAGUGUGGAAAAACAUUCACAUGUAACAAAACGUUUAAGUGUCACAUGAAAACUCACUCUAACGACAAUCCAUACUCAUGCAAUCAAUGUGGAAAGUGUUUCAAUCAAAGAGGACACCUGAAUGAUCACAUGAGAACUCACACCGGAGAGAAGCCGUUCACAUGCCAUCAAAGCGGACGGAGUUUCAUUCAAAAAGCGCACCUUAAUGAUCAUGUAAGAAUUCACAUUGUAGACAGGCCAUUCACAUGCCAUCAAUGUGGAAAGAAUUUCAUUCAUAGAGGACACCUUAAUGAUCACCUGAGAAUCCACACCGGAGAGAAGCCUUACGCGUGCCAACAGUGCGGAAAGCGUUUCACACAUAAAGGAAGCCUUACGUGGCACACGAGAACUCACAAUGAGGAGGAAGUUUUCACAUGCCACCUAAGUGAGGAGAAAUUUACAAAUAAUGUAGACGUUGAGAGUCCGAUAAGAAUUUGCUCUAGAGAGAAGCCUUACACGUGUCCUUUGUGUGAAAAGAGUUUCAGUCGUCAAGCAAUCCUUCAGAGUCACGUAGAAACUCACUUUGAAGAGAGUCCUUAAAGGCGCUGUAGGUACUAAAGCAUAACAAUACCAUAAUAUGUAGGACGGGGACAAUAAAUCGAUGCAUCGAGAAAUGAUUCUGCAUCGAUUCUGAGAUUUUCC